GUGGGAGGGCUCUCUCUGACAGGAGGAAGAAGGCUUGUGAGUGGCUGCGGGAUCCGAGCUUCAAAAGCCGGCUAGUACCUUCUGUAUCUUCUCCUUCGUGACUCCGGGGAUCUAUGGCUAAGAAAGGGAUUAACAUCUGGAAUGCGUGCUGUCUGCUACUUUAUAUCACCACGGCAGUACUUGCCAGUCGAGAUUUCUAUAAGAUCCUGGGGGUGAGUAAGACAGCAACCAUCAGGGAUAUAAAGAAGGCCUACAGAAAGUUGGCUCUACAGCUACACCCCGACAGGAAUCCCGACGACCCCAAAGCACAGGACAAAUUCGCAGAUCUGGGAGCAGCUUACGAGGUUCUGUCUGAUGAGGAGAAAAGGAAACAGUAUGACAUGUAUGGAGAAGAUGGACUCAAGGAAGGUCAUCACAGUUCUCAUAAUGACAUCUUCUCCAGCUUCUUUGGUGAUUUUGGCUUCAUGUUUGGAGGAAAUCGGCAGCAGCAGGAUAGGAACAUCCCCAGAGGAAAUGACAUAGUCCUCGACCUUGAGGUUACCCUGGAAGAGGUGUACUCUGGAAACUUUGUGGAGGUUGUGCGGAACAAGCCUGUAGCUAAAGAAGCUCCUGGUAAAAGGAAGUGCAACUGCAGACAGGAGAUGAGGACGACGCAGCUCGGACCGGGCCGCUUCCAGAUGACUCAGGAGACGGUGUGCGACGAGUGUCCGAACGUCAAGCUGGUGAAUGAGGAGAGAACCCUGGAAGUGGAGAUUGAACAGGGGGUGAGAGAUGAGAUGGAAUAUCCCUUCAUUGGAGAAGGUGAACCUCACAUCGACGGCGAGCCUGGAGAUUUGCGAUUCCGCAUCAAAGUGCUAAAACAUCCGGUGUUUGAACGCAGAGGAGACGACCUUUACACCAAUGUCACUAUCUCUCUGGUUGAGGCUAUGGUUGGUUUCGAGAUGAACAUCGUCCAUUUGGACGGGCACAAGGUUCACAUAGUGAGAGACAAGAUCACUAAACCCGGAGCUCGAAUGUGGAAGAAAGGAGAGGGUCUGCCGAACUUUGACAACAUCAAUAUCCGAGGUUCCCUCAUCAUCACCUUCGACGUGGAGUUUCCUCAAACACAACUUGAUGAUCAGCAGAAAGAUGGUAUCCGGAGUAUCUUGAAGCAGGGAUCUGUACAGAAGGUUUACAACGGACUACAGGGAUACUGAACCACUGGGAGAGACAGUCUGGACUGAUUCUUUACUACAACCACAAGAAUACACUUGUUCAAGUCAACAGGAGUGAGCUCCAGGGAUCUGGUCAUGAUGUAUUUAUUAUUUCCAGAAUGUUCUCAGGACGGUUGAAUCUUGUUAGUUUUUUAUUUUGUAAAUCAUCUUGUGAGGAGCAGCAACAGUGUUUUUAUUUAAAUGUACAAUCAGAUGCAUUGUUUGUCAUUUUUUCUUCUUUUUUUUCCCCCUACAAAGUCUACUGUAACAAUAAUUUCUAAAGUUCUGAAACAUAAAACCUGGAGAAGAC